AUGCUUAGUGAAUUUGAACUGCGUAACUGUAGAGGCUUAAAAGUUAUUAACUGCACCUGGAAUGUUGGAUUUCUGUGUUUAGUGGAUUUGAACUGUGUAACUGUAGAAGUAAAUUUGCAAUUACCUCAUUCCUCCGAGCUAUGGAAGAAACAAAACGGGAUAUUCUCGAGUUUUCAGAUUGUCUGGGAUCCGAAACUCAACAGAUAUGUUGGUGAGGGAGUUGAAGAAGAGCCAGUUCCGGAACCCCCUCCAUCCGUUGCAGCAAGUUCCGAGAAAUUAAACGGAUCAGUGCAUGGUUCAUUUGGUGGCUUAACAGCUGCUCGUCUUAGUGGAGGUUCGCGAUACUUCAAUCCGCUCAUUGAGACUGCCCAGUGCAAACCACAAAGUAUGCCGGUAGCAGCACCACCAGUACCGGUUCCUGCUAAUUUUGGCUUUAUUCCAGCGAUGCCC